AUGAAUGAAAUGUUUUGUAAUACUGAAAGUAUUCCUAUGGUCAGAUCAUUUUCAUUGUCUUCGGAUAUUCAGUAUUUCACUCCAAUCCAUAAAUACCGUUCCAAAAGUUUGACUAAUAUAUCUCAUUCACAAUAUACAAAUCUAUCCAACCAUUAUUUGUUUACUGUUACUACUACUGAUGAUUAUGAAGUACAUUACAGUACUCAAAGUAUCGAUUAUAAUAGUAAAAAUAUUGAAAAUGAUUGCAAGCACAGAAAUGCAUACAAAAAUGACACAUUCAGCAUUACGUAUAAAGAUAAUCAAAUUGAUAAUUUCAGUAUUGAUUCCGAUUCCCACAUGAUUAUUUCAUAUAAUGUCGAUAGUGUUAAGAAUCGACAUGCAUCUUGUUCGGAUGAUAAUUAUGAUGAAACUGCUAGUUGUUUAACCGAAGGACACAACCUGGAUCGAAAAUUUUAUUGUCGCGAAUGGUUAUGGGAAAAACUAUUGGAAUAUUUAACUAAUAACCAAGAAUUGAUAUGUGAACAAAAUAAUCGGGGAUAUGUUUAUACAAAUAAUGAAAAAUGUGGGGAGUUAGCCAAUAAAUUAGUUAUCUGUGGUGAAUCUGGAUCUGGAAAGACUAGUAUAUGUCGGAAAAUUAUACAAACUAGAAUGGAUUUAUUUAAGAAAUCAAAAAUGAGUAGUAAUAAUUCUACUCAUGGUUUUAAUCAGAUGUUUAGUACAUGUGAACAUGUUGCUUCACGAAUGGUAGCUUAUCAUUUUUGUGAUGCACGAAGUCAGAAAUCACUGAAACAGGAACAUUUUGUAAACUCAUUGCAAAGCCAAUUAUUAUCAAACAAUAAUCCCAUCAGUAAAGCUUUUAAAAAUGCACUCAAUAACAACAACAGUAGUUACGACAAAUUAACCGACAAAAAUUCAGCUAGUGACGCAUUUUAUUAUGAGAUAAUUCAACCACUUAGAAACAUAAAUACUUCUCAUUUACUUAACUUUUCAGAUACUGACCCAUCAUUGACUGCAUCUGGUUAUCUUAGUUCACGUUUCUUUAUUUUAAUUGAUGGAAUAGAUGAAGUUUAUACUGCUUUAGCUAAAUUUAAAUCCAUGGAUGACAAAGCAUCAUUUACUAACAAUUCUAAUGAACAUGAAAGUAAUCAAGUACCGGAAGGAAGUAUUUUAGAGAUACUUGCAAAUCAUGCUCAUCUUCUACCUGAUUGGUUAAUUUUGAUAAUUACUUGUAGACGUAAAUAUCGAUCAAUCAUGAAACACAUGUUUCCUGGAAUUAAAACGAUUGCCAUAGAUGAUCUACGUAAACCAAUGAUUGCUCAAGAUGUACAAAAUUAUAUGAAUAAUAGAUUUAUUGACGAAUCUAUUAAAUGUCCAAAUGAAAUAAGAUCAGAUAUUAUAAAUUUACUUCGAAUUAAAAGCAGUGCUUGUAUGCUUUAUUUAGAAACUGUAUUAGACUGGAUCAGAGAUGAGAAAAUUACUUUUCAGGAUAUAUCUUUGAUUCCAGGAACCCUAAAUGGUUUAUUUCUUUGGUUAUGUCAAAGUUUAUUUCCCGUAAGUGUGAAUGAAUGCCAAAGUAAAUCAUCGUUUACGACAAUUAAACCAAUUUUCAAUAUUAUGUUAGCAUCUUGUGAACCACUAUCUAUUAGUUCACUGUAUUCGAUAUUAGUUGUUUCAAAUCCUGAUUUAAAAAAGUUCAUUUAUUAUCAACAGAUUGAACAACUGAAACCAAUAUUAUCCCUGUGUUGUAAAUUAUCCCCCAAGUAUAUAACGAAAAAAGAAAACGAUAUUUUCAGUUUCCAAAAUUCAAUAGUUGUACAAUUUUUUCAUGAAAUAUUUGCUGAAUGGUUAAUUGAUGUUAAACAUUGCACUUCUACUUAUUUAUGCAAUCUAAUGGAUGGUCAAAUGUUAAUUGACAAAGCGAUGAGUAAUAAUAAUAAUAAUAAUACUUUCAGUACUAAAUACGGCAAUCUUCAGUAUGAUGCUUCGUUCUUUGAUUCACUUAAUAACAGUGAUAAUAAUAAAACUACCGAAAAUCAGUUAGUGAUAUCUUCAGAAGGAUAUUUGUAUGCAUAUAAAUCUAAUAAUAAUAAUAAUAAUAAUAACAACAGUAGAGACUUUGAUGUUUGUAAGACAAAUGUUCUAAUGGACACUAGUAAAUCAGUUGAUGUGUCAAAUUUAGAUCUGAAUUACACGACGAAUUUAUUAGAUUGUACAACAGUGUUAUCUGAUCGUCAUUCAUCCAUAAAUGAUAAACAUCAAAAUCAGUUUGUCGAUGCUGAUAAUAAUGAUAAUCAUGAGACGAUAAGAUAUGAUUACUCAACUUACUCACAAAAACAACACCAGACUGAUGAUGAAUUGUAUAAUUUAACAGAAUCAGUAGAACAGAAAAAGUUUACAGAUGACAAGCCAUCAAGAGUUUGUGAUGAAUUAAUAUCAAUGAUUAGAUUAGGCCAGUAUGAAAGUGUAAAGUCACUCCUUGAAUCAGAAGCUAAUCCUAAUACAAUGGAUCAAGACGGUUGGUCAGCUUUAAGAACAGCAGCAUGGGGAGGAUACUCAGAUAUAGUGGAAUUGUUAAUAUAUUAUGGGGCUGAUGUAAAUCUAUGUGGACCAGAUGGAAGGACUGCAUUACGCGCGGCUGCAUGGGCUGGAAAUUUGGAAACCGUCAAAUGUCUACUUAAUGCCGGUGCUAAUGUUAAUAAGUCAGAUUCUGAAAAACGUACUGCAUUGAUUGCUGCAGCUUACAUGGGACACACGGAUGUUUUAGAAGUUUUACUCAAAGCUGGUGCUGAUGUGAAUCAUUCCGAUUCAGAUGGUCGCACUGCACUGCAUGUUGCAGCGUUCUGUGUACAAAAAUCCACUGGACAUACAGAUAUUGUUGCUUGUUUGUUAAAUCAUGGAGCAAAUCCUAAUUUAUCAGAUAAUGAAGGUAUUACACCGUUACUUGGUGCAUCCAGCAGUGGUAAUUAUCUAGUUUGUGAAUUAUGCCUUGAAUCCGAUGCAGAUGUGAAUAUGGCUGAUAAAUCUGGACGUACACCUGUUAUGUUAGCCGUUAUAGGCGGUCAUACUGAUGUAGUACGUUUAUUAUUGUUUUGGGGUGCUGCAGUUGACAUUAUGGAUCAUGCUGGACGAUCAUUAUUAAGUAUAGCAGCACAAAUUAGAAAUGCACAAAUUGUACAAGAAUUACUUGCUCGUGGUUUAGAUGAAGCACACAAAGAUCAUUCAGGUUGUACACCAUUACAUUUAGCUGUGGAAAAUUUGAUUGACAAUGAAUUAUGUAGAGAGAAUUUAAAUAAUCAAAAUGAUUUCUGUGAGGAUGUGAUUCGUCUGUUACUAGAUGCUGGAGCAAAUUUGGAAGAAACCGAUAAUGCUGGUCGUACACCUUUACUUAUGGCUUGUCAAGCAAACAAUAUGAAAGCUGUGCAAGUUCUCCUAAAUUACCCAACAAAUGAUCCGUCAACUUGUAGAAGUCCGACUCAUUCUGGUUCGUCUGGAUCACGACAACAACUAAAUCUAACCCCUUCACAUGGGCAUUUAUCACAUUCGGUUAAUCCUUGUAUUAAUAUUGCAUCUUACGAUGGUCAAACGCCUUUACGAUCUGCAGCAUUUCAUAAUAAUCAUGAAAUGGUAAAGUUAUUGCUUGCUUAUGGAGCCGAUCCAGAUCAUCAAGAUGCUUAUGGCCGAACUACCCUUUACAUGUUAGCUUUAGAAGGUCAACUUGAUAUGGCUGACUUACUUUUACACUGUCCAGCUCCUGGUGCAUCAUCACGUCCAGGAUCAAGUCGAUUAAUUGGAGCGAAUCCUGUUCUAUCAGAUGAUGAAGGACGUUUCCCACUUCAUGUAGUUACAUGGCUUGGAAAUGUUGAUUUUAUUCGUAUAUUGUUACAGGCCGGAACACCAGUUGAUAUUCGUGAUCGUGAAGGUAGAACACCUUUGCAACUUGCUGCAUGGCAAGGCCAUGCUGAAAUAUGUCAUAUACUACUGAAUGAAGGAAAUGCUCGAGUGGAUGCAGUCUGUAGUCAAGGUGCAACAGCUUUAUGCAUUGCUGCACAAGAAGGUCAUUUAGAUGUUUGUAAAGUAUUACUCCAGGCUAAUGCUAAUCCAUCACAAACUGAUUCUCAUGGCCGUACACCAUAUCGUGUUGCACUUAAAGCAGGACAUUUAGAAAUAUGUAAACUUUUAGAAUUAUGUCAAUCGGAUUUCAAUAUGGUCAAUAGUCAUUGGCCAAAUAAUAACAAUAGUGAAUUUUAUCAGUAUAAACAAAUGAUCAAGGACUUAAAAAUCAGACGUGAUUCAGACAAAGUCGCUCAACUCCUAGCAAUUCCACAACAGAAAUAUGCAAUACAGAGUGAACAAAUUUCAUCAGAUAGUUUCAGUAAAACAGAUUGUAGUGGAUUUCAAGGAUUAAGAAAUGAAUCGCUUGAUCAUAAUGUUUCAUCAAAUCAACCCAUACAUUUAACUCAAUUGUCUUAUGAAGAUGAUAACGCAUAUGCAAAACAGCCUGAAUUAUUUACAUCACAAUUUUUACCAUCGAAAACGAAUGUAACAGGUGGCGGACACUUACAUGCCUCCAGCUUACGUGAUAACUUUCAUGUGUCCGAAAGGAAAGGAAACGUUAAUCGGGAUGUCAAUCUAAAAUCCAGUUAUCCAAUAAAUAAAGGUCAUCAUACAGCGGAAAAAAGUUGGCAUAAUCAAAACUACUAUCUUCCACAUCCUUCUGGCACGCAUAUUAAUCAGAUACCAAUAUCCUGUAGUUCAAAUUUUGUAAAUCCUUUACAGAUCGUUCGUCCCAGUGAAAUUAAUCACCUUCAGGACAGAUUAGAUCAAUGCCAGAUACCAGCUCUUAAUCUUGUUCAAUAUAACCCAUUGGUAAUUCCAGCUACAGCUUAUUGUCAAAAAGAUUACCAUCCUAUGAAGAAUCAACUCACUUCGCAUCCAUCAAUAAUUAUUCCAACGAAUAGAAAGCCUAAUUUGUCAAUCACAAAAUCAGGCGUAUCUAUUACACAAGUGCCUAACUAUUCUCUACAAAAAACUACUCAGUUGGAUGAUAAACAAUUUAAUUGUAACAAGAAUAAUAACUAUUUACUUAAUAGUCAAAAAAAUAUUCAUUUUUCGUCGAAUGAAUACAAACAAAUACAGAAUACAAAUAAAGCACCUUUUGUGAAGCAUAAAAAAUUACUACCAAGUAAGUUGGAAUGUUUUGGCGGUCCAAGUUCAUCGAAAGGACGACAAAUAAAUCAACGUAAUGAUAAUAUUACUAAUAAUUCUAAUAAUAGUGAUGAACUAUAUGCAGAAGAUUGUAAAGGUAUGUUUUUUAAAUCAGCAGUUGCUGGAGUAUUCGGUCUUGGUAGUAAAAAACAUAAAAAAUCAACAAAGUUGUCUUCCGGCAAACAAGAAUCUCCAUUACUUGAUUCAGGUGAAAUAUAG